AUGGUGAGCGAUAGCGAAGCAGAGAAGACGAUCCAGAAGGAGAAGGAGAAGAAGCAACUAUUAGCUUUAGCCCCAAUCGCCAAACCCCUUGCCGGCAAAAAGCUCUGCAAGCGCACCCUCAAACUCGUCCGCCGAGCUGCGGAACACAAAUGCUUGAAGAGAGGAGUUAAAGAGGUGGUUAAAACCAUCCGGCGCGGUAACAAAGGAUUCUGUGUAAUAGCGGGGAAUAUAUCUCCUAUUGAUGUCAUCACUCAUGUUCCAAUCUUGUGUGAAGAGGCUGACAUACCCUACAUAUAUCUUCCCUCAAAAGAAGAUCUUGCGAAUGCUGGAGCCACCAAGAGGCCAACGUGCUGUGUUCUGGUGCUAACCAAGCCUACCAAGGGGGAACUCGGCCAGGAGGAACAAGAAAAGUUGAAGGCGGAUUAUGAUCAGGUUGUAUCGGAUGUUUCUGAACUUACUUCCUCUAUGUUUUGAAGGACACAACAUAAUUGUCAAGUUUGUAUUCUGUUACUCAUGUAUUUCAUUUUGGCUGAUAUACCAUGUGGGUAUUUAUCUAUCUUUUGAAGCAGUAACAGCAGGGCAAUUGCUUUAUUUAUGUUGCGUCCAUGGAAAGGAUAAAGUAACUCUAGCCAAGUUUCAGGGUGUGUUUGGUUUGUG